UAACCUAAUGCCCCGUAAAAAAGGCUGAACGUCCCUCGAGUCACGGGAAAACCAAAACAGAGAGAGAGAGAGAGAGAGAGAGAGAGAGAGAGAGAGAGAGAGAUAAGAUAAGACCAGAGCGAUGAGGGUGACAGCGGUGGUGGCGGCGGUGGUGGUGCUGGUGGUGGAGGCCAGGGCUGCGGUGGUGUCAGUGCCGCAAGACUCCGGCAACGCACUGAGAACCGAGGAUUUCCAGCCACAGCAAAUCCACUUGGCCAUUGGUGAGACGAACAGUGAGAUGGUGGUGACGUGGGUGACUCCAGACGCAGCGAAUGCCUCCUUGGUGAACUAUGGGGGUGGCGGCAGUGAUUUGAAGACAGCUGUGGGCAGUGCGACCCUUUUCACUGACGGGGGCUCGGAAAAGCGGUCAUUUUGGGUUCAUCGAGUGACCUUGCCUGACCUCCUCCCUGACACGCGAUACUUCUACCACUGCGGGAGUUCGGAUGGGUGGUCUGAAAUCUUCUCUUUCAAGACCUGGAAGAACGGAACGGACUGGCCUGUGUCGGUGGCCAUGUAUGGAGAUAUGGGGGCCGUUAAUGCGCAGUCGCUGGCCAGGCUGCAGGUGGAGACACAGGCCGGGAAGUACCAUGCUAUCAUCCACGUCGGAGAUUUUGCCUACGAUAUGGAUUCUGACAACGCGAGGGUCGGCGAUGAGUUUAUGAGGGAGAUCCAACCCAUCGCUGCUUAUGUGCCCUAUAUGACCUGCCCAGGGAACCACGAACAUAUGUAUAACUUCAGCAACUACCGUGGGCGCUUCAGCAUGCCUGGCCACAGAGACACGGAGAGUCUCUUCUUCAGCUGGAACAUGGGGCCGGUUCACUUCAUUGCCGUCAACACAGAGGCUUAUUACUUCCUGCAGUAUGGCCUCAAGCCCCUCGCCAGGCAGUAUGAUUGGCUCAUUGAGGAUCUUAAGGAAGCCACAAGACCCGAGGUGCGUGCUGAGAGGCCCUGGAUCAUUCUGUUUGGCCACCGCCCCAUGUACUGCUCCAACAACGACCAUGACGACUGCACCAGGAAGAGCUGCCUCACACGUGUUGGGAUGCCCCUCAUUCAUACGUACCCAAUGGAGAUCUUGUUGGACCAGUAUGGUGUGGACCUUGCUAUCUGGGCCCAUGAACACUCCUACGAGAGACUCUGGCCCAUGUUUGACUACACUGUGCUCAAUGGCUCGGAUGAAAACCCCUACACUAACCCACGCGGUCCUGUGCACUUCACCACUGGGUCGGCUGGCUGCUCGGAAAUCCACGACCACUUUAUGCCAGAGCAGCCGUACUGGUCAGCUGUCCGGUCCAUUGACUACGGCUACACUCGCCUCACUGCCUUCAACAAGACUCACGUUUACUGGGAGCAGGUGUCGGAUGAUAAGGGCGGCGAAGUGAUUGACAGUGUGUGGCUGAUUCGAGACAGACACGUGGCUUACAGUGAGAUUAGGCAGGGCAAGUAAGGAAGAUUGUAGUAUUAACUCUCUCUCUCUCUCUCUCUCUCUCUCUCUCUCUCUCUCUCUCUCUCUCUCUCUCUCUCUCUCUCUCUCUCUUUUGUGAGAUUAGACAAGAUAAUUAGGAAAAACUCUAUUUCUGUCCAUCUCUCUCUAAUAUUCUUGCAUACUAUCAUUCUCUCUCUCUCUCUCUCUCUCUCUCUCUCUCUCUCUCUCUCUCUCUCUCUCUCUCUCUCUCUCUCUCUCUCUCUCUCUCUCUCUCUCUCUCUCCUUGCCUCCCUACAUCUUACUAUCUCUCUCUAUAUAUUUGUCUCUUUCUGUGAGGUUAGGCAAUAUGUGUAGGGAAAACUGUCCUCUUAACUGUCUAUUUCUGUGUCUGUCUGUCUGUCUCUGUUUUCUCUGUCUAGCAUUCCUACACUCUAUCAUCUAUAUACAUUAGCCUGUUAACUCUUUCUCUGUCUGUCUCUGUCUCUUUUUGACAUUCCUACAUUUCUCUACUUACAUAUAUUAACUCCUUCAGUACUGGGACACAUUUUUACCUUGAGAUUUGUGUAUGAUUAAACUAUUUUAUUGAUAUUAGGAAGGGUCUAUGAAGGUCAGAAAAAUUAAUAGCCACAGUCUUCAUCAUGUUAAUCCCCACACAAGUUUCUGAAGCUGUGUAAAAUCACCAAAUAGUCACCAGAAUGAAUAUGGAAAUGCGUCAUGGUACUGAAGAGGUUAACCUGUGUCCAUCUCUCUGUCUAAACAAGCACUGUAUUCUGUAGCUGAGCACCAGUAUGUAGCUCUGCCUCCCACCACUGAUAUGUAGAAAUUCACUGCAAAACACACAAUAUGACAAAGGAAUGAACAGCGAGUUGCAGAUAAGUUAAUAAGACAUUUUGAAACACUUCUACUCCACUCCCUCACUACUUUCCAAAGGCUGUAAUUGAAGUGACGCAGGUUUUUAAGGGUGUUUUUCAGGGAUCUAGUGGAAAAUUAACAUGAUUUCUGCAUUAUUAACGGGAGAAAUCGUCUUAAGAAUCUGGCUAUAGUCAUCUCUGUGGCCUUUGAAAAUUCUUGCACUCAAUAAGGACAAACUGCAAUAUUUGUAAGCCAUUCAGAUAGUCCUUGCUCUAUCCUUAUUACUGACACUGAAAAAUUUGCCUACAUCAUCCUUUGUUAUGUGUCCUGUACCACUUAGUCUCUGAACACACCCUUGGCUCUCUGUUAUGGAGAUGUACUGUAGAUUUAAGGGAAUCAUAAGGUGCUCUGUGUGUUGUGAGAGUCUCUACAUUAGGAGCCACUCAGACCAAGGCAGUGACAGCAGUAAACGCCUUCUGUGUCUUGGUCUGAGUGGGGUUCUUUCAAAGGUCUAAUCUGGGGUGAUGGUAUUGUUGUUGUCUUUCAUUGGAUUAUGUGAGGUUUAUUUGGCAACUGGUAUGGCUGUGCUGGUGUUCUAAGCCAUUGUAGUUUGUGUCUAUCAAAGGAAUGAAAUGAGGUUAGUGUUUGAGAGGUACCACUGGCAAAGGAAUGAAAUGAGGUUAGUGUUUGAGAGGCACCACUGGCAAAGGAAUGAAAUGAGAUGCUUGUUUGUCAUUCUUCAAGACUGCUGUGACGUCUUCAACCUUCAUAGAAUGUUGAGAUGCAAGAUUAAAGUUUUUGGAAGGCAGAUCUCACAGCAAAAGAGCACGUUAGUUAAAAAAAAAACUUGUAUUGCUUGUGAGUUUAAUCGUGCUUAAGCUUAAUGAAAUGUAUUGUAACUAUAAAUAUAAUCUCGAAAGACACGACUGAGUGCAAUAAGAGAGUGAUCAAGUGGUUCAGAUCUUGGUGCCUCUAGUGUGUGCUGUCAAAUUACCUCAUUGUGACACUAUUCAUUGCCAGUCAGGCGGUUGCAAUGGAUUAAGUUUGGUUGAAGUCUCUGGAUGGAUCAACUGAACACAACACAAAGGGAAGCUGCAAGAAGCCAUCAGGUCUACAAGUGGCAGUCCCCAUAACCUUGUCUACUCUUUGGAAAGCUCCCUCAUGUCCCUCAUGACUCACCACUAACAUACUCAUUACCAAGUCCAUUCCAUUCACUCACCACUAUAGAACUGAAUUUUUUGUCCACACUCAAUGCCCUUGUUUUAUAAUCUUGUGUUGUUCCUUACUGUGUUGUGGGGGAAAGCUUUGGUGUUGAUCCAUCCAGCAAGGUGAGCCAAGAGCAUUGCGAGUGCAUUCUGAUCCUCACCGACACAGUGUUCCGUGACGUAUGGGAGAUUUUCAGCUUUCCAUCGCUGUUCUCAAAGGAGUGUUGGUGCAAUGGCGGCUGGCUAGUUCCUGCUGACCCUGGUGAUUAUAUAUUAGUCCAGCACUGGUUAUAAGCAUAGGCCUAUAUAGAUUCAAUAUUUAUGAGCACUUAUGUUGCAUUUUCUUAAAAGUUGCAAAUAAAAUGUAAAGUAUUGUUAUAAUCAAUAUUGGGGCAUAGAUGCACUGUAUUGUAAAACUAUAUUUGAUAUGUAUACUAAUUCAGUAGUACAGGUAUGUAUCAAGAAUUUACUUACCGUUGCUGUGAAAUACUUAUUAUUCUACUUAUAAUGGUGUAUGGCAAUGUACUGGGUUGUAAUGUAAAAUAACAUGUAGUACAGUAUAUUACUAACACCUCAA